AUGUGCGAUCUUUCUCUGAAUCAAAGGGCGUCUGCUAAAGCUGCCCUUCCUCAAAUCGAACAUCUUUCCCUCUCAACUCUCCCAAUCGAACUCCGACAACACAUCUACAGUUACAUCUACACCGAACAUACCAACGUCCCUCUAAGCCGCUUUCCCUACUCAGACUACAAUCACACCGGCUGUCGCUGUGGCGAAGGGCUCUCCCUCACGAACCGAUUAUUUUACUUCGAGACCAGACAUCUCUUCUACGACCAUGCUCGUUUUUCUUUCAAAACACCCGUGUCCUGCAAACGCUUCCUAGAUGGCAUCGGACCUCACAUCAAAGAUCUCGGUGCUCUAGUCAUCACACUCGAAUACAAUGAGAUACACCUGCUGCGCAGCAUAUUCAAUAACUUCCCAUCUGAGUCUAGCUUGCACACUCUGUAUCUUGAGUAUACCAGUCAAUCUGCUUGGCCGACACCAGGCCCUAUAUAUUUGCCGUCUGUACAGGAGAAAGAUGCGAGUAUUACGUAUGAUGUGAGAUUCAGACCCGAGUUACAUCCGUUGUCGAAGUUGAAAUCUAUGAGGAAAAUCACAGUCAUUGGCGAUAUUGAAAGCCAGGAGGUGCAAGAGGCUGUUGUUAAGCUGAGUUUGAAGAUUGAAGAUGCGGCUUGUAGAGAUGGCGCGAUGGCUAAGAAGAUAGAGCUUGUUGAGCUCACGUAUUUUGGGAAACCCCAGAUAUGGUUCAGCAUCGAACACCCCGCACUGAAUGCGGUAUCAAUUUGA